AUGCAGACUGAGUUUGAGAUGACAGAUCUCGACAAACUCAGUUACUUUCUUGGCAUGGAAGUCGUGCAUACCGAGGUUGGGAUGAUUAUGCAUCAGCGUAAGUAUGUGAAAGAUUUGCUUGAAAGAUUUAAAAUGAAUCAGUGCAACGCUGUGAAAAGUCCGUUGGAGGUGAAUGUCAAGUUGAUGAAUGAUGAUGCAGAGGAAACGGUAAAUGAAACGUUACCUGAUCUAGCAUUCUAUGUUGGUGUAACGAGCAGAUUCAUGAAUCAGCCCAGGAGAAGUCAUUUACUUGCUGUAAAACGCAUAAUCAGGUACAUAAAGGGCACUUUGAAUACUGGAAUCUUAUUUCCUUAUGAAAGAAAGAAACGUGAGCUAGAGUUGAUAGGUUUUUGUGACUCGGAUUAUGGAGGAGAUAUGGUAGAAAGGAAGAGCACUUCAGGAUACAUCUUCUUCCUGAACGAGGCACCUAUCUCGUGGUGUUCAAAGAUAGUUGCACUGUCCAGUUGCGAGGCUGAAUAA